CACACAUUUGGAGUUUUAUUCAAAUGAACAAGCAAAACAAUACCAACAACAAGGCAACGCAAUGAAAUAAUAUAAUGAUCUCAAAUCAAAACACGGAAUGUUUAAAACAAUAAACUAAAAUAUUAAAACAAAUUGUCGAAUAUACCUACAAAAACAGUUGAAAGAGUGAAAUCAAAAGAGACGGCGGACAAAAUAAAAAAUUCAAAAGAUAAAAAUAAAAAUAAACAUACCUACUAGUGGUUGAAGUAAAAUAAUAAUUAAAAAGAAACAGACUUAUUAAUAUACAAAAUCUCUGAUAAAUGGAAAAAUUGUAAUUAUAAGUAAUUAACAACAGUACCAAAAAAAAUCGAAAAAUGUCGAUACCUAUGCAACAAACCAAUAUAACCAGCACCCCCGCCACCACAACGACAACUACAACAUCUGUGGAAGAUGAAAAGUGUGCCAAAAUCAAACGUUUUGUAUUAUUUGGAGUUUUGGCUGCCUUGGCCAUCAUAGGCUGGCAUUUAUAUGAGCAUUUCAUGUAUGAUCCCUCCUCGCAAGAUCAUGCCACACCAACCGAACAUGAAAUUCAUGAAUUUACCCAAAAUCUCUAUGAACUCGAAUUGAAACACAAUCCGUAUUUGGCGAAAGUAAAUUUUCAGGGUAAAACCAAGGCCUCCUAUCGUGAUGAUAGAGCACCACAACCUCUUUUACAGGUCCAUGAUGAUCUGCUGGCCCUGGAAGAUGUGAAAACAAUAGCUUUAAUGCGUCGUCUAUUCGAUAACUAUGAAUUGGAUACGCAUGCCAUUGAGCAGGUAACACCAGAGGAGGAACAGGAAGAGUUGGAUUUUCUUAAAGCUGUUCUCGACACACCCAUUAUGAAGAAGACAAUGAAAUUUUUGGAAUUUAAAGGAGUUGUUACCAACAACUACGAUACACAAUUACAGCUGUUAAAAGAUACCUGGUUUAUACAAUACUCUAGAGGACAAGGACGCAUUGGUAGUUCCGGCUUUGAGCAUGUAUUUAUGGCAGAGAUACGCGAUCACAAUGUUCUAGGUCUACACAAUUGGGUGUAUUUCAAUGAACAGGAGAAAUUGGGUAAUUUGGAUUAUAAAGGCUACAUCAAUAAAGUGGAUUUGGAAAAGGACUCUCAUUAUCUAACCGCCAUACGUUUUCAAUUUCAUCAUAUAAACAAGCCCUAUAAUACAUUAUUUGUGGGCACUUCGCCGGAACUGGAACUGAGUUUAUACACCACUUGUUUUCUGUUGAGUGUGGGUAAACCCUGCUCCGUGCAAUUGGGUCAUGUGCAAUUUUCUAUUAUAACUCAUGUCUGGGAUUGGCAUGGUAAGAAAACUAUAGCCACUGCUUAUCCCUCUAUAGAAAAGUAAUUUAGUUUUAGUGAAAUUCCUAAGUCAAUGUAAAUGAAAUUUUAGAAAAUGAGGCUCUUCUUUUAAGUAUAUUGUAGUAGUAUGUAUUUUUUGUAUUGUAUAUUUGAUUAAUUUAUAGUUAAUAAAUUAAAUUUAUUUA